UUUUGUAUUCGAGACGAACGGACGUGGAAAGUGCGAUACACGGAAAGAGAGAAUAGAAAAUCAACAAUAAAAUUUAGUUAAUUAGUAAAUAAAUAAAUAAGAAAUACUGGAAUUCCUAAGGACUCAUGUACACAAGGUUUUCCAUUUAAACGAUUAUUUGAAAUUUAAAGCAAAGCCAAAUUUAAAGCGUCGCGUCGCGUUACACCAGACAUUACAGCAACAAAAAGCGAAAUAGUGAAGUAAAGCCAUGCAACAACAAGAAACCACAAAAUAAUACAUUACAGCUAUCGGUAAAAUUUUGAUUUAUAAAUGAAUUCAUACGCAGGGAAUUUCGUAUUUUCUCAGUGCAAGUGCAAGAGUGUGUGUGUAUAAAUAAAUACAAAUGCAGUGCUGCUCUAGUAAAAGAGAGAGUGAGAGAGAGAGAGGGAGACAAAUACAUGAGAACAUAAUUGGAUUAUUUCUAACAAAGAAAAAAAACAAUUGACUUCCAGUGUAUCAUGCAAGCAACAACAGCUUCCAAAUACGAGAGUCUGUGCCAAUAAAUUCAAAAUAUAUAUCACAAAUUGUUUUAUAUAGGUACAUCCAUAUAUAAAGCCGUUGUUUAUGUUAUAUCCAAGCAAACAGAGAAAAUUGUCAUAUUAAAAAUUUUAUAUAUCAGAUAUUUUUGUAAACCUUUUUUUUGUACAUUUUUCAUACCUCCAAAUCUUACGAGUUGUCCAAUAUCUAACCACCCUCACCCACCACCAUUUCAAUGGGUUCGUUAUAGUCUAGUGUCCAGUGUCGUGUGCGGAAAAUUUUAAUAACAAAACCACAAAAAAAAAAAGAGUAAAUUAAAUCGUCCUUGUGUCGGAUUGUUCUUAGCCCUGUUGUUGGUGUUGUCGCGUUAAGCCACAUAGGCACACAAACAGGCAACCAUACGCCCAAGGUGAUAAUGAGCCUGAAUGAACAUAGUGGACCCGGUCCCCCGACAAACACGACGAUCCUACAGGCCUCCAACAAUAUAUUAAGCAGCGACUGCACCAGUCAAUCCGCCAACAUGGAUCAAGUGGACUCCUCUGGUGGUUUGCCGUUUACAUGGCCAAGUCCUGGUCAAGCAUAUAAGGGCUCCCAUGCCGUCGCCGCCAAUCCUACUUCUACCAUUAAUGGGGUUACCGGCCCAGUUGACAGUGGUGCGGAAUCAUCAUUGCCACCCCCGCCGCCGGUUAGUCGUACCAUAUCGUCGGAUCGAUUGGUCACUGGCAGCUCGUGCCGCGCUCUCCGCACCGCCGUUUCAGCUCUAUAUUCCGUCGACGAUUUUGUCAAGGAAAAAAUUGGCUCUGGAUUUUUCUCGGAGGUUUACAAGGUCACACAUCGGACAACUGGCCAGGUGAUGGUGCUGAAAAUGAAUCAGUUGCGUGCCAAUCGACCAAAUAUGCUGAGAGAAGUCCAGUUGCUGAAUAAGCUGUCCCAUGCAAAUAUAUUGAGCUUUAUGGGCGUUUGUGUACAAGAAGGCCAACUGCAUGCACUAACUGAGUACAUAAACGGUGGGUCGCUGGAGCAACUGUUGGCCAACAAGGAGGUGGUGCUAAGUGCCACGCAGAAAAUAAGACUGGCGCUGGGUAUAGCGCGCGGCAUGGCUUAUGUACAUGAUUCCGGCAUCUUUCAUAGAGAUCUGACGAGCAAGAAUGUUUUGAUUCGCAACCUGGCCAAUGAUCAAUACGAUGCUGUUGUCGGUGAUUUUGGUUUAGCAGCAAAAAUACCUGUUAAAACGGCCAAGUCUCGAUUGGAAACUGUUGGUUCGCCGUAUUGGGUCAGUCCUGAGUGCCUAAAGGGUCAAUGGUACGAUCAGACCAGUGAUGUUUUCUCCUUUGGCAUUAUCCAGUGUGAGAUUAUAGCACGCAUUGAGGCCGAUCCGGAUUUGAUGCCACGUACACCGUCAUUUGGUCUAGACUAUCUGGCAUUUGUUGAGCUGUGUCCCAUGGACACGCCUCCCGUCUUCCUGAGAUUUGCUUUUUACUGUUGCCUGUAUGACCCGAAAAGUCGGCCCACUUUUCAUGAUGCUUCAAAGAAAUUGGCCUUGCUGCUGGAGAAGUAUGAACACGAAUCGCCGAUGGGUACCAGUCCAUUGAGCUCUCUCGAACUGAUCAAUUCAUCGCCGGGCGGCAGCGAUACGGAAAACAUCAUAGCAGCAACGACUAGCACUCCACCAGCUCCACCAGUUUUUGGCAUAAUCUCCACUGCACCGGCUGGCGUGCUGACUCCUCGGCACCUGUGCGAAGUGGACGAGAACGGAUUUCGUUUUCCCAAUUCAAAUUCAAAUGCCAAUAAACCGAUUAAGUCGGCAUCAGCAGCCUUGCCGGGAACCCCCAAUGGAUCGGCGGGCAGCAACGAAUUCAACGAUUAUGUGCUUAAGAGUCGAGUGCGUCGUGCCACCCAGAAGCUGGAGGCUGAGAUUCUGCUCCAUCGCAGGUCGCUGAGCGAGAUCAUACACUUUCCAUUGCACACGACACCCAGUGACAAGGCACGUUGCCACCAGAUGCAAAGGCAACGCUCCUCCACGCACUCGCCAACACCACCUAGGCAAUUGACCAGUUGCGACUCGAAGAUUGCUUCCGGCCAUCAGCUGGCAGCCGCGGCAGUCCCCGAACCACCUCCGCCCCCGCCUCCUGUUUCAGCUGUGCUGACGCUACGCAAAGUGGGCGAGACGAUGUGCCUGAAGGAUCCGGAAUACAAGCCAACAACGACAAAAGAUCACAACGGGUCCAAGCCAAAUCCAUUUACGGCUUUGGCCCAGUUGCGCGGAGUCAAAAAGUUACGCGGAGUCAACCCCAAGACAUAUGCGGCGGGUGUUGGCGAUCUGUUUAGCUCGUGCUUUGAAUUGAGCGCACCGUUUUUCAAGGAGCUAGUGGCCAUGCAGAAUAAGGCGGCGACUCAGACUUGCGAGACGGAUAAGAAGGCGGCAGCAGCCCCCACAGCCAGUGAACCAAAGAGCAUGCCCGUCUCGCCACAACUAACACGCAAAUACAGCGCCAUUGAGUUGAAGCUACCCCAAAGGGUCAGCACAAUCGUGCCUCCCGCCGACGAGGAAGAAUGCGAUGAAUGCACCUCAGAUGCCGAAGACCCGGACCCCGAUGGAGGCGGCAACUGCGCUGAUGCUGAGUCGAGCAGUGACGACAGUGCCGUCCGGCCUUCCACUGUGCCAACGGCUCGAAAAUACCGCGCAAACUCCUUGUACUUUCAUCCCCUGUAUCGUGGAAACAGCGGGGCCAGUGUGAAGAGCACUUCCAGUGAGCUAGUGGACAGUCCGUCGCUGCUUAAAGCCAGUGCCUCAACUGUUACUCUAACAGCCAUCACAGCAAACUCAUCGGCAGCUGACAGAGAAGUGAAGAAAUCGUGUGAGGAGGAGGAUAAAUCCAAAGAACAACUCGGUAGUAGUCCCUCUGCAAUGACCAUAGUGUCACCAACACCCACGACCACAUCGGUCUGCUCAGCACAAUUGGAGGAAACGCCUGUUUCGAGUUCCCGCUUCACCGAUCUGGAAUUGGAGCUGUUGAACUGCUUUGGACUCGACGAAUUAAAAAACUCUUGUGAGCAGCUAGCGAUUAAAACGAACCUAACACGACGCGAUUCCAUUGAGAGUGGUUUUUUCUCCUGUUUCAACGAGGAGUCGGAUGCGGCAAUCACACAAACAAGCUACAGCCGACAGCUUGGCUCGUUGGGCAUCGGUUGCGGUGGUGGAACAAGCAGCAAUAACUGCUGCUACGAGCAACUGAAGGCUCAACUAAGCCUCGAUCCUGGUGCGGGAACAGGCGGCGGACCGGUCAACAAUGCUAGUGAACUCAACGAUAAAUUGGCAAGUUUGUGUCGUUGCUGCUAUUAUGCAACUUCCACUUCAAAUGCUGCAGUCACUGCGGCAGCUUCCCAGCAGCAACAACGUCUUAAUGACACCUCCUCGACGGCAUCGUCGUCGGUGCUCCUUAUUGAGAAUGAUGCCGGCAUAAUGGGCGGGAAUACAUCGUCCUCUACUGGACUGGACUCAAUGGACGAUUUGGAUGCGGAAUUCGUUGGCUCGAGGACACACCAACGGCGCUAUACGUGCCACCAUGCCCUACUCAAUGCCAAUGCCAACGAUCCUCAGAUGUCGGCCACCGCAGGACUCAUCAAUCGUCUGGCGCUGGACUCGGAGAUUCAUCCACUGAUACAUCGCCACCCGUUUGCCACAAAUCAAUUGCUCUACUGCAAGAAUCGCACCUCGUCCAUAUACACAGACAGUUCGGAUGACAUUAGUAGUCUGGCAGGCUCCGAAUCCCUGCUGUGGGAUGACCGCUCCUUCACGGCAUUGCCCAGUACACGGUCCGCGCAAAUAGCUAAGAUUGUCGAGUACUUCGAGCGUAAACGGCAGGACUCUUCGCCACCUUUAAUGCAUCUGCAUCACAGGAAUGGUAAUGGAACUGUGGCCGCUGCUGUUGCCGCCUCCGCUCUGGGCUCCAACUAUCUAUCCUAUGAGCCUAGGCGAUAUUCCGACUUUAAAAGGCAUCUCAAUACGGACACUUUGUGCUUUGACCUGGACAAGAAACCAGCCCAGCAGCGAAUGAUGGUGUGUGAGGGUGCGGUUAAAUCCAAGCUUCCAAUAUUUGAUAAAAAGAAACAACAGCAGCAGCAACGCCAUCAAAUGAAUGGCAGCAGCCAGGGAGGCUAGUCAAACAAUUAACUACGAUUCUUUGUCAAUUCAAUUGGUACUUUUGAUCUUUUUUCCAACGCAUUUCGGCUCCGUUUAAUGAGAAUAUACAUUAUUUAUGAGAGGAAGGACAUUAUGAUUAAAACACUUUGUACGCCAACAAGUUGUCUUCCUUUGAACACAUUUAGUAUAUGUGCCCAGAGGGUAGAUGUGUGCAUAUGUGUGUGUGUAUGCAUAGGCGAGCAAAUGCAACAAAGCCAAAAUAUUCUACUAAGCCCCUCUGUUAUUUAAACUGUAUUUAUUGUUUCAGCAAUCACUAAUGUUUAUAUGUUUUGUCUAUUACUUAUAUAUAUACACACAUAUGGGUUAACAUUUCAUACACUCUGGUACGCUAAUUGUCAAUCUAAAUGCAAUACCAUUUUCCAAUAUUUCGUGCAAACAAAUUUUGAUUUUUAAAAUCUUAAUGGUCGCGAAAUGUAGUUACCCAUAUACAUAUCGUACUCGUUCCUAGUCCUUCAAAUUUAUAUUUAUACGAAAAAUUAGUUAUUACGCAUACAACAAAAAACCAACAAGAGAAACAAACCAAUCGAGAAAAGUAUUUAUUCUAAUUAUGAAACCUGUCGCUGGUAUACUCCAACACCUAAUGGCCGAGCUAUUCUUUAUAAGUACAUACAUACUAUAGAAAUUGUUUACCUUAUCGAUUUGUAAUUAUCUAUUUAUUAUUAAUUUUCUUUAAUACAUUGUAUGAAAUGCUUAUGUUUACAAAAACUGAUGCUUACACCUACAUGCAUACAUAUGGAUAGUUCAUUGCAAUACAUAUACAUAUAUAUAUAAAUAUACAUAUUAAAAUUAAAUUGUAAUUAGCAUUCGUAGUAGUCUAAGUUGUCAAAUUAUAUUAUAUAUUAAAUACAUUGUACACUUUUUCACCUGAUAA